AAACUGAGAGAGAGAGAGAGAGAGAGAGAGAGAGAGAGAAGUCGUCGACGACCGGCCACGCGCUUGUGUAGUGAGAUCCCACGUGAACCCUCUCCGUUUCGGAAAUCCCACUUCCCCGCUGUCCAGGCCGCAGUCUUCCCGCCAGUCAGCGACCCCACCCCCCCUUCACCGCCCCUUUUCCUGUUGGGCCCAAGCUUCCGACUAAACCAUGACCCAUUCCCCUCCCGGCCCGCUUCCUUUUCGGUUUCCUCUCCCCGGCGAUAUCAUCGUCUCCACCGCUCCACUCACCACCCCUCACCUCUUUCUCUCUUCUCAUGGCGGAUCUCACCCCUUCCUCUUCCAUCUCCCGCCAGGUUCCCAUUCGUGAGGACUGUUGGACAGAGGACGCUACCUCCACUCUCAUCGACGCUUGGGGUCGCCGCUUUCUCGAUCUCAAUCGCGGUAAUCUCCGGCAGAAGGACUGGCUGGAUGUUGCGGAUUCUGUCAACGCUCUCCAUGGCCUUACUAAGAAAACCUACCGCUCCGAUGUUCAGUGUAAGAACCGGAUCGACACCGUUAAGAAGAAGUACAAGACCGAGGCCGCUAGGGUUUCUUCUUCCCACGGGAGUUUUGUUUCAUCUUGGCCGUUUUAUGGUCGCCUUCACGAAUUGAUUGGACCUUCGGCUUUUCCUAGGUCGUUUCGGAAGAUGCCUCCACCAACUGCGGCUGCGGCUGAGGCUGUCGUCGCCGUGUCUCGUAAGCGGCCUGCCGCAGCCAUGGAUGUGGGGGUUUUUCGGAGGAACUACUCGGCUAUGGCUGCUGCUGCUGCGGCGGCUGCAUUGACCGAGGAUGAAGAUGAAGAGGAGGAGAGAGUGAGCGAGGAGGAGGAGGAGGAGGAGGAGGAUGCGGCGGAAGGGGGGGAGGGGAUGAGUAGGUUGGCUAGAGCAAUUCAAAGGUUUGGGGAGGUGUAUGAAUCAGUGGAGGCUGAGAAGGUGCGACAGAUGGUGGAAUUGGAGAAGCAGAGGAUGCAAUUUGCUAAGGAUUUGGAGGUGCAGCGGAUGCAUAUGUUCAUGGAGACUCAAGUUCAGCUUGAGAAGAUUAAGCGAGGGAAGAAGAAAUCAACUCCCAGUGAUAUGUAAAGUAACAGAAACUUCACAAGGUACAUACACAUGGAAGCUGAGGAGAUUACAUAAUACCAACCAAAAAGAAAAGGAAAGAAAAAGAAGGGAGAAUUGUAUCCCUUUCCUCUGCUUGUAGAGAAGUUGGGCUAACUGCUGUAAUCAACGUUUAGAUGUUUAGCUAAUUCAAGACAAACCUUCAUCUUCUUCUACUUUGAAACUUAACGUGGUGGAUAAUUCAGCUUCUUUUAAUCUUGUUUUAAACUUUGAUUAGGAAAGCUAAUCAAUAUCUUGAGUUGAUUAAGUGCAUAUCGAAAACUUUCAAGCGUUCAAUUCA